AUGGAACAAGUUGGAAGAUUAGAUGACAGUACUGCUGCACUUAAUGUUGAAUCAGUGGUAUCUUCUUUGAAUGUUGAAUUAAGGAAUGGUCAUCUAUCCAUGGCACCAAGCUGUUGUAUCUUCAAAACCCCAAGCAUACUUUUCAGGCGUAGAGAAGACUCAUUUCUCCCCAAUUGCUUUUCAAUUGGGCCGAUGCACCAUGGCAAAGAGAAUUUGUUAGUUAUAGAGAAAAUCAAAAUGAAGUGCUUGAAAGGUCUCCUGUCCAGAGUAGUUACAUUUACAAGUCUGAAGAUAAUGUCCGAAGAAGCCAAGGAGAUUGAGCAACAGAAAAUUUUAACUGAUUGCAUUAGUGCCGUUAAGUUGAUUGAGGAAAAGGCUAGUGCUUACUACGCAGGAGAUGAUUAUGCAGCAGAAUUGGGUGAAGAAUUCGUAAAGAUGUUGGUGCUUGAUGGUUGCUUCAUUGUUGAGCUAUUUCGUAAGGGUGCUGGAGAGGUCGCCGAAGAUAGGGUGACCUGUAUGCUCCAAUUUCUGCAUCAUGAGUUGAUUGUGCUAGAAAAACAAAUACCCUGGUUUUUACUUGAAACCUUGUUUGAAAAGAUCAAGGUCCCUUCCGAAACCAAGUCCCUGAUUGAACUUGCCCUUCAUUUCUUUCUUAACAAGUUCUCAUCUUAUCCACCUACUAUAAAAACAUACCCUUUUUCUAACCAUGAUAUCAAGCAUAUUCUUGAUUUGUUAAGGUCAUCCUUGGUUUUACCAUCCGAAGAAAGAAAAAACCACCCAAGAUGGCAACCUAUUCAAACUGUCACUAGACUCAAAGAGGCAGGUGUGAAAUUCGUGAAAGUUGUAGCAGAUAGCAUCUUGGAUGUAAAGUUUAGAGACAGUUCUCUUGAAAUUCCAUCCCUGCUAAUUCAAGAGAUAACAGAAACAAUCUUACGCUACCUGAUCGCGUAUGAGCAAUGUUUGCCGCAUUGUGCACCUAUUUUCACUUGCUACGCCAAGGUCUUGGGUAACCUUAUUGACACCACCAACGACAUGGACAUACCAUGCAAGAGGGAUAUUUUCGAUAACUGGCUGAGUCCUGAGGAUGCAACCCAGUUUUUCAAUAAGCUGUACAAUGACACUUAUGUCAAGGAAUUCUAUUACUCUAAACUUUGUGAUGACCUGAAGCGUCAUCGGAAACGAGGGUGGCCCAGGUGGCGUGCUUACCAUGUGCAGAACUAUUUUACCAAGCCUUGGACCAUUGCUGCUCAAAUUUACGCUGUUAUCAUGUUUUUAUUCACCUGUUGGCAAGCCUACAUUAAAAAGGGUUGA